UUUAGCUGCUUAAUUCAGACUUUGUGCAGUUUUUGGCUAACUUUUGAAUCCAAAUUACAAAAACAAAAGAAUAAACAAAGAGCCGAACUGAUAGCUGACAGUCCUCCGAGAAGCGCAGAUCAACUUCUAGCUCUUAGAAACCGUCACAUAUUCUUGAAACUGUACUUUUUGUAUAUUGCAAACUCGUUCAUUUCUAUCAGUACAAGUACCUAUGGUUCUUUUUAACAGCAACUUUGUGCCCAGAGUAAAAUAGAAAUUGAAUCUUCAAAUACAAUCACUGUAUCAGCAAGAUUAAAUUUUAUGAAAAGAGAAAAUUGAUAAAAAUGGCUGCACUUGAAGAAAAAUUGCCACCAACAACAAGUCAACCCAUCACCAGUUACGGGUACUUGAAUGCGUCUGAUUUUAAUAGCGAAAUAGCUGCUAUUGAAGAAAAUUUGGGCGCAAUGAAUAAUCGAUUAAGCGCACGUUCAAAUUCUCAACCCAAUACCGGAGCAGAAUCUAAAACCGACGCCGGAGCAGAAUCUAAAACCGACACAGGAGCAGAAUCUAAAACCGACACCGGAGCAGAAUCUAAAACCGACACCGGAGCAGAAUCUAAAACCGACACCGGAGCAAUUGACAAAAGAAAAAGAAAACCGAAUAAAGUAGGACCCAUAGAUCAGAACAGGAACAGCGGGAAAAGUAACACAAAAACUACGAAAGAAAACUCAGAGGAAGAAGACAAAACAGAUCAGAAUGGAGGCGAUGAUGAAGAAGAAGGUGGAAUUUGGGCUUGCUGCGGCUCUUGUGAAUGUUGUGAAGGAGACGAAGAUGCAGUAGGGUGUGCCGAAUGUUGCAGCGAGAACUGGGCAUGCUGUGACUGUUGUGACUGCUGCGAAUCUAUCUGCUCCUGUUUGGAGUGUCUGGAUCCUGUCGUUGCAGUGAUCCCUUGUCUUGUAGACUGCUGUAAUAUGACAUGCACAGUUGUCAAUGGAGUGGCUAAAUGUCUGAACGUAGUUGGCCAAUGUUUGUCUAUACUCGGCUGAAAAACUGACAAUUGGAUUUUGAUCUUUCGAAGCUCAUAAUCAUGGAAAAUUAAUUUCAUUCUUAAAUAAAAAAACACAAAAUUUGUACAAUUUACAGUCCAGUCUCAAUUUGAGAGAACGUAUUUAGCUCAAAUGGGCAGCAAUUUGGCUCCAAUUUACGUAUAGCUUAAA